AUGGCGGCAUCACUGUUUACUUUCUCCUCCACCUCAAGAAGAGUCAUCCCAGCGCCAAACUCUCCUCCUCUUCCCAUAUACAUCAAAGCCACAAAUGUCGUCUUCAACCCUGAUAUGCCAGAUGUUCAUCGCAGUCUUGGACUUGAUGAUUAUGUCAAUUUUCUAGUAUCUUGCAGACUUCGAUAUGCUAUGAGUGAGGUUCCAUCAGAGUUCUUUCCCGAACAAGUAUGUGAGUUCUACUACACCGCAACAGUCAAUAAUGAAAACAACAUCAUCUUUGGCACUAUUGGGCGUGGCCAUCGCUCAGUUUUCAUCAAUGCUGAUCUCCUCCGUACUGCACUCAGGUUACCAAUUUUUGAACCAUUCUCUGAGCUUCCAACUAUUGAACGCUGUCGACGCCUCUUUGACCAACUGGGAUAUGAUCACUCCAAGGCUGGUGCUCGACCAGCUCUCAUUCUACGUCAAUGUAUGACUCCUGGAUGGAAGUUCUUCACUGGGGCACUUUGUAAGUGUAUAGGCCACAAAUCUCGCAGUGGUGAUCAACUGAGUGCUUUUGAGCAACAGGUGGAUGAUCCACUGGCCAAUGACAUCGGCAUCUCUGAUCGGAUGCAAGAAUGGAUCGCGAAUCCAUAUACCAUUCCUUCACUAAACGCUGACACUGAUGAAGGAGCUGCUGAUAACGACGAAACUAAUGUUGAAAUACAAGCUGAUCCUACUCAAGAAGGUGGUCAUAUCUCCCCUCAACUUUCUCAUCAUACCAUUUCUGCCACUGAAAGGGUUCCUUCAGCUCAUGGGGAGUCAUCUGCUUAG